CACGUGGAUUGUUUUUCAUGUAUUCAUGUUCCGGGGACGCUGUGUCUGCAGUCACAACCAGCUUUCGGUUUAAAAUUUGUUUUAGUAAUAUUGUGAAAUUAAAAUUAAUUAAAUAUAAUAGACCUUUGGAAAUAUCUACCACGAGCAAAGACGUCGCUUGAAGGACAAUGUCCAAACUGUGUGCAGUGUUUGGCGGUUCCAGGGGAAUUGGGAAGGCUGUUUCACAGUUGCUUGCAGAGAAAGGGCACAGAGUGGUUGUCAUAGCAAGAGAUUUGGAUGCAGCACACGCCACUGCCAGUACACUUGGAGCUGAUCACGUUGCUCUAAAAUGUGACGUGUCAAAAGAACAGGAAAUCCAGCAAACAUGGGAGAAGAUUCAGACUGGUUUGGGUCACGUAAGCUACCUGGUGAAUGCUGCUGGUGUAAACAGGGAUGGUCUGUUACUGCGAACAAAGACUGAAGACAUGUUGACUCAGCUGCACACAAACCUCAUUGGAUCCAUGUUGACGUGCAAAUAUUCUUUAAGAGGCAUGCUACAGAACCAAGGAGGCGCCAUUGUAAAUUUAGGCAGCAUUGUUGGACUGAAAGGUAAUGCUGGUCAGAGUGCAUACAGUGCCAGUAAAGCGGGGCUUGUGGGAUUCACACGCUCUCUUGCUAAAGAAGUGGCCGGAAGGAAUAUUCGAGUGAACUUGGUUGCUCCAGGGUUUAUCCACACAGACAUGACUUCAGGUAUGGAUGAAGAGGACCGGAGGAGAACCAUCCCCCUGGGUCGUUUUGGGGAGCCCAAAGAUGUGGCCCAUGCAAUCCUCUUCCUCCUCGAGUCUCCCUAUAUUACUGGGCAGGUGCUUGUUGUGGAUGGAGGACUUCAGCUCACAAUGUAACCCCCCUGACCUCUGGCUGCUUGUCAUGUGCGGCGCCUGGUUUUAUGAAAAUUUGUUUUCUAUUUAUAAACUAUAUAAAAGAGAAUAACUUUCAUAUUGUACACCUGCUGUAACAACAGUGCCCAGGUUACCUUCACAUUUCUCAUGGUCCAGAACCCUAUUUAAAUGCAGUUAGAUUGCAAGUUUCUCAGUGGGUCAAAUUUACUGUCAGAAUACAUGGAGUGACCAUCUGUUAGCACCAGCUAACCCCAGUUUAAAAUGGCUCAUAAAUGUUGUGGUAUUCCAAAAUCACUCUCCUUGUUUAAUAAACCAUAAAUGACCACCCAGUGAGCUUCCUAAAUGGCAGUUUAAAGUAAAGGAUAAGUGCAGGGUAGAUGGAUUCCUGCAUUUCUCCUCCUCUUCUUCAAUGUUGUUGGGUAAGUUCAUAGAAAAUUACUAAAUACAGAACUGCUGUGUGGAGACGAAUGACUUGUGUUUGCAACCUUUGAUUUAAGACAGUUGCUGUUCAUUUUGCUGCUGCUUAUAAUCGAUUCCCUACACUUAAAAGUAAUUAAUUGCUUAUUUAAUGUCUACUGUAUCAGCAGGUGACAUCAUACUGAGUCACUUUUCAAGACGUGUCUGACUAUACUCGCCGGUAUGGAUUGAGAAAGAAAUAUAUCUCUUUCUGGGACAGACCACAACCAUAAUUAUGAUGCGUGUGAGUGAGCGUGCGUGCAUGCAUGGAAGGGAAACUGGCCAGAUAGAAAACCAAACUUUGGUUUGGAUAAAGCCAUUUAUAGAAGAUGCCUUCCAGAGAUUUCAGUGAACCACUUCAGUAUUUACUGCAGCAUAUUACUUGCAGGCUUGUUUUACUUCAUUUUGUCUCCGUUGAUUACUCUUCAUGUUUCACAAUUUGCAUUUGUUUGCUUUAGUUAUCUGUAUUUAUUUAUUUAGUUUUGCUUUAAUUUUAGUUUUUUCCAAAUGCCAGAAGUGUAUCUAAUAAUAAACAAAGUUAAUUUUUGACACCUGAGCUGAUAAGGCCAGGGACUUGAGAUCCAGUGAAGUUUCUUCAAGGUCAGCUCAAAUGUAAAUACAGAUAAAUAAAAUCUCCUCUGCAUAGAAAAAUAAGUUGAAUCUACUAACCACUGGUUUGAUAAUUGUUAAACUGAAACACACCCACCAGUUUGUAGAAACUUGCAAUCAAUUUCACAGCAGACAACUGUUUUUAUCCCUAUUGAGGUCAUUUUCUAAAUAUGACAAUUUUGCAGCCAAUGGCAAUUGCUAUAGUGCUAUGUAUAUUUUGAAGUAAGAAUCUGUGAAAUAAGCAAAGUCCUCUUAUCCCUGUGUGGUUUCUGUAGAGGAAACUGAUUCAUGCCCUGGCUACUCAUGUUAAUCCCCUGCUGCCUCACCCAGCCAAUACUGUAUUCUGAUUGUAUUCUCACUGGGCGGGACAAUGUAGUUUUCCAAUAAUGAGGUAAACUGGGUGUGCAACUAAGAACAGUUUACUAUGCGUUUCAAAUGAGUUAUCUGCCUACUCAUAUCCACAGAGACACUACCCCAUAGAAAGUAACAUUUCUUGGGAGGAAGUGAUGUCAUCCAUUUACUGUCUUCACAAAAAAACAAAAAAACGGAAUAAUUCUGGAUUUUGUUUUGCAACUCAAAAGGGCACCUCCAGCUUCACCGUGGUUGUUCAGUAGUGUUUGUAGAUGUUGUCCAGGUUCCCCCCUCAAUGUGCUGCAAACAUUACAAAACAAAGUGUACUUAAAACUACAACAAAAACAGCUUUUAUUCCUGGACUUUCAUUUUCAACACAAAGUGAUGUUUGGAGCACAAGCCAUAAAAGCAUCUGAUGGCUUAGAAAUAAAAAGGUGACAACACAAUAAGAAAUGUAAUAUGCAUUAAUACAGUAUUUUGAAAUUGAACAGAUAAUCACAAGUGGAGUAAAACAAACUGCUUAAAGAAAGUCACAUUUUGUUAAAUGAUAAAGAAUGUUUAUUUAAAAUAUAUACUUUAAACCACAAGUAAAUACUUUUUUAGUGAAAGUUUGGAUAAUUACUGUAUGCAAUGAAUGACUAUGUAAUAAAAGCCAGGAUCUGUUAAAUUGUAUUACCUAA